GCAGGGGCGGUCAGGCCGGGCUGUCUCUUUAAGACUGUGUUUCUGUUAGCACAGACGGGCUCCUGGGGAGGAGCGAGGCCAAGUUCCAAAGGGAGGAGAGUCCUCCACCUGGCUUCAGCGUCCACACGGCACAGCCCUUCAUAAAUCUUGAUGCAGAGGUCUCCAUGGCUGUAAUAAGCCUGCUGUUCUUGGCAGUGAUGUAUGUUGUUCACCACCCCUUGAUGGUCAGUGACCGGAUGGACCUGGACACGCUAGCCAGAAGUCGGCAGCUGGAGAAGCGAAUGAGCGAGGAGAUGCGACAGCUAGAGAUAGAGUUUGAAGAGAGAAAGCGUGCAGCUGAGCAGAGGCAGAAGGCAGAGAACCUCUGGAGAGGAGACACAUCUGGUGACCAGUUAGUGCUGGGGAAGAAAGACAUGGGGUGGUCGUUCCAGGCUGACAGCCAGGAGGGGCCUCUGGGCUGGAUGCUGGGAAACCUGUGGAAUGCUGGCCUCCUUUGCCUUUUUCUCAUCUUUGAGCUCCUGCGACAGAACAUGCAGCAUGAGCCUGCCUUUGACUCCAGCAGUGAGGAGGAGGAGGAGGAAGUUCGUGUUGUGCCCAUCACUUCUUACAACUGGCUCCCUGACUUCCCCUCCGGAGAGGCCCUGGACUCCUUUUAUAAACACUAUAUCCAAAAUGCCAUCCGUGACCUGCCCUGCACCUGUGAGUUUGUGGAGAGCUUUGUGGACGAUCUCAUUGAGGCCUGUCGGGUGCUCAGCCGCCGGGAGGCUCACCCACAGUUGGAGGACUGCCUAGGCAUUGGGGCUGCCUUUGAGAAAUGGGGAACCCUCCACGAGACCCAGAAAUUUGAUGUCCUAGUGCCCAUCAUCCCUCCGCAGGGUGCUAUGUUUGUCCUGGAGAUGAGAGAUCCAGCCCUAGGCCGCCGCUGUGGACGAGUGCUAGUGGAGUCAGAAUGCGUGUGCAAGCGCGAGAAACUGCUAGGAGAUGUGCUGUGCCUGGUACACCACCAUAGGGACCACCCAACAGUCUUGGGGAAGUACAGCAGCUCCAUCAAGGCGGCUCUCUGCACUGGCUUCCACCUGGAUGUGUGCAAGACUGUGCAGUGGUUCCGGAACCUGGUGGGCAAUGCCUGGACUCUUGUAGCCCACAAGUAUGACUUUAAGCUCAGUCUCCCACCAUCUACCACCUCCUGCAAGCUCAGGUUGGAUUAUCGCUCGGGCCGCUUUCUCUCAAUCCACUUGAUCCUGGGGGUGCAAAGGGAAGACACAUUGGUCUACCUGGUGAGUCAGGCUCCUGACCAGGAACAGCUCACCAGUGUGGACUGGCCUGAGUCCUUUGCAGCCUGUGAGCACUUGUUCCUGAAGCUGGUAGGGCGUUUUGCUCCUGGGAACACCUGUCACCUUAAGUGCCUCCAGAUCAUUUUAAGUCUCCGAAACCAUCAGAGUUUACCCAAAGGAGCAUCCCACCCCAUCCUCACCUCUUACCACUUCAAAACAGCCCUCAUGCACCUGUUGUUACGGCUGCCCCUGACGGACUGGCAGCACAACCGGCUCUCUCAGCGGCUCCAGGACAUUCUCUGGUUCUUGGGACGUGGCCUCCAGCAAAGGUCCCUCCAUCAUUUCCUCAUUGGUAACACUUUCCUGCCCCUGACAAUCCCCAUCCCUAAGACAUUUCGGAAUGCUGAGCCUGUCAAUCUCUUUCAACACUUGGUGCUAAACCCCAUAGCACAUUCACAGGCUGUAGAAGAGUUCCACAACCUUCUGACCCAGGUAAAAACUCUGCCCCGUGCCCCACUGGCUGUGGCACCUUAAUGUAAAGUCCAUUAAAAAAAAGGGGGGGGUAGGAGGUAUUUCUGAUUCCUCAGGCU